UUUACAUUCUACACAGUAAAAGUCGCGCCACAUUCAAGAAGCACUCCUGUCAUAAAGUUUUUGUUCCUGCGCCAGACAAACUCUGAGUGUACACAUUCUCUCCUCAGUCAACAUGAUUGUACCGAAAUUGUCCCGUAAUAGUACGGCAGACAACAAGUGUGGUAUAGGUUUCGGCGACGACUGAGAGAAAUUGACAUUUUGACCAAAAAAAUUAUGGCGCCGGACGACAAUUUUACUUUGAAAUCUGGACUCUCUAAUUGACCAAUCCUUUAUGGCUCUCUAUUAUGAUGUUUCUAAUUCAAAAUAUGGAUUUUAAUUUGGUUACCACGGCUAGAUGUGAAUCGUGUUUAUGCUCCAAGGCUCGACGAACGUCCAUCCCGUUAUCUCGGGAGUCGACGAAACGGAGAAAGCAAUGUGUCAGCCAUAAGCCUACCCGGCUCAUGAGACCGCACUCGGAUGAAAGUGAAGAAGAAACCAAUAAUUGCGUCAAUUGUGAUGCGCAGAGAUCCACAAACAACCAGCACGAUCUCCAGGCAGAAAACGCAGGUAAAAAAAAGAAUUCCGAUGGCAAUAUGGCGUUCCCUGCCCUCUCCGUGAUGGGUGGUGGGGGACAGGUGGUGCGAUCCCGGAGUAAAUGUAACGUGAACGACCCCGAAGACGAACACAGGAGCCCCUAUAGACACAGCGUGCAUGUCAAAAAUAAAGAAACAGUUGUCUUGAAUGUGGGAGGACAGAUUUUCGAAACCUACAAGAGCACACUGACCAGAUUAAAAACGUGUAAACUGGCCAGGCAAUCAGAACUAAGGAGGUAUUACCGCGAGGGCAAGGGAGAUUACUUUUUCGAUAGGGACCCUCAGUUGUUUAGUGUUGUUUUAAAUUACUUGAGGACUGACGAACUUCACCUACCAACGUACUUGUGUGGUCCGGCAGUGCAAAGGGAAUUCGACUACUGGGGUAUAGAUGAAGAGGACAUCGAAAGAUGUUGCUGGCAGCCUUACAAUACAUGGAAAACUCAAAACAAAUCGUUAGAAAAGCUGGAAUACGACCGAAAAAGGUCCAUGACUCAACAACAUCUGGAAAAGGACCGUCGAAGCCCUCAUUUCUGGACCCGAUGCAAAGCCAUAGUAUGGAAUUUCCUUCAAAACCCAAAUACCUCACUAGGUGCUAAGAUCUAUGCGUGGAUUUCAAUCAUAUUCGUAUUCCUAUCCAUUUUCUCAUUCUGUGCCGAGACUCACCCGUUAUUUCGAGUCUCAAAACACGAGCCGUUCCUCCAAGAGUUCGGGACCUUGUACGAUUUGUUUACAUUUUCCACUAUCCACGGACCUUGGAACCACUCGAUCAGCCAAUCAAACAUCACCACCACCCCCGACCCGGUGGUUCCGGUGGUCCCCAAAAAUGAGACAGUGGUCCACCCCGCACUUGUUAUCAUGGACCUUGUUUGUGUGUCGUUUUUCACGGUAGAGUUCGUCACCCGGUUCAUGUUCUGUCCCAGGAAGUGCCAAUUCAUCACAGCCUUACAGAAUAUCAUAGACUUUAUUGCAAUACUUCCCGACUACAUCGAAUUUUUCUUGAAGCUUUGCAAUCCUCAAGGCAACGAUUGGCCUUUCAUGGAUUUCAUUUUUAUUCUACGCAUGUUGAGGCUCUGUCGAAUAUUUCGACUUAUUCGCCAUGUUCCCGGGCUAUGGAUUCUACUAUACACCUUGAAGGCAAGUUUCAACGAACUUCUGCUCAUGUUUGUCUUUCUCCUGAUCGGAAUGGUCAUCUUUGCCUCUUUGAUUCACUUUGCGGAACCGGACAGUGGUUAUGACAACAUUCCAAUCGGGUUCUGGUGGAGUGUCAUCACCAUGACAACGGUGGGUUAUGGUGAUAUGAAUCCCACUAGCUUUCCAGGUUACGUCAUCGGCAGUCUCUGCGCAAUAUCCGGUUUACUGAUGAUUGCUUUCACCGUCCCGAUCAUUGUCAGUAACUUUGUACUUUAUUACACUCACGUGCAAUACGGUUGCAUUCGCCAUGGGCGAGAAAAAUCCAAAUUGCUUGAUACGGCGUAUAACACAGAUGAGGAUGAUGGCGAAGAAGGAAUUUCAGUGGAUAUUCAGUGUCCAGUGGAAGAAAUUAAAGUGACAAUGGCAGAUGAAAAAGAGGACAAAAUAUCAGAUUCUGUCGAAAACGGUCAGUCUCAAGAAACAGACGGGAACUGUAAUAAUCUAGGAUGAGGAUAGUUGAAUCUGCAUGAUUAUUUGAUCGUUUGAGUGUAUAACUGAAUUCCCGCAGAUAUGUUUUGUUUGAUGCAUAACUUUUUGUUUUUUCUCAAAUCAUUCCAAUCUUGUUGCUCAUAUAUUCAUCAAAGGAAAUUUUCCAGUUUUUACCCCCCGUUUAUGCAUAUCGUAUUCAAUUCUGAGGGCAUUUCUAAGAUUUUACAUCGAAUGAGGGAGGUGUUGUUACGUUUGUCGUAUAAGACAGGGGUUGACUCCGCAAUAAUACUGCACACUCAUUUACUUUUAUAUAAUACUUACCUAUGUUAGAAGUUUAACAGCGUUGUAGUUUUACAUGUUAACUGUUUAAUUUAUGGUGAAAAAGGGGUUGGACAAUCUACCCAGAGUGAGAGGGAGAGAGAGAGAGAGAGAGUGUGUGUGUGUGUUUUUUUUUAAGCAUACACUACCUUUUCUGAUGUAUGUGAAUUUUAAUUAAAGGUUAUUAAUAAUUGUAUUUUAGGUAGAGUUUAGUUGUAUUCAAUUUUAUUUUGUAUUCCAUCAAAGCCUCUUUAACAACGUUAUGUUAAUUAUAAAAAAUAUGAAAAAUAAAGAUUUUAUGAGCGAGGUAUUGGUAUUUGCCUUAACAUGACAAGACUAAUGUUUAAUAAUUAACAUGAUUUACUUUAACAUCAAUUCAAUUAGUUUUAAUGUUUUUCUUCUGAUUUUUUGUUCAAUAAACAAUUCAUUAAAGUGAACAUACGGUGUAGUUUACAUUGUAAAUAAUUUUUAAUACUAGGAAAGCAAAACUUCUGAUUCCAAUAUAAAUGAAAAAAUUGUUAACAAGAUUAAAAUGUUAUUAGGAAUGCCUAUAUGCAAUUGUCAUUGGUUUUGAAUUCUAAGAAUUCUGUUAUUUUUGUUAAUUUACCUAGACCUUUGGUAGAUGUUUCCUCUCCUUUACUCAAAAAUGUUGUUUCCCAACUUUGAUAUACCACAUUUUUCACCCAACUGUCUUUCUUUGCAAUAUCGAAGAUUGCACAAGCAAUAAAAUUAUUACCACUGAU